AUGAAAAGGAGCGCUACCACAAGUUAUUCCACUAGCGAUGAGGAUCUGUCUGGCUCAAAGAAAAGAAUGGUGCUAUUUACUACUUAUCAAAAGUGGAGGACUGAGCUGGAUAGAGAUUAUAAGACUGUAACAUGGUUAGAGUGUAAAACACUGCUGGUCUCGGGAAAGAAAGUAGUUGACAAGCUGAUGUGUGUCGUAUGUAAGCAGUUUAAGAGCAGUAUAAGUUGUACAAGGAACUUUAGCUACAAGUGGAUUGAUGGGGCAGACUCCAUAUGGACCAGCAAUAUUAAGGACCACGCUCAGUCACAACAGCACGUUAAUGCCAUGCAGCUCUUCAGCAGGGAACAUGCAAAAGAGAAAAGCAUUUCUAUACAUUCACCUAUUGUUGACUCCCUGCAUACUUUGUCCAAUGAAGAUAGAGAAGCACUUAAGAGGAAAUUUGAUAUUGCUUAUUUCGUCGCCACUGAAAAGUUACCAUUGGCAAAGUAUCCCAAGCUAUGCGAGCUCGAAAAGAGGCAUGCAGUUCAUUUGGGCCAUUCGUAUCUUAAUGAAAAUUCUUGUAAGGAAUUUAUUAGCUACAUUGCAUCGUCAAAACAAGAGAAACUGUUAGAUAUAAUAUCUAAAGCCAAUUUCUUCUCUAUACUAUUAGAUGGUUGUACAGAUAAGGCUAACAUUGACAAUGAAGCCAUGCUUGUUCUUUGGUGUGACCAUACUGCUUCUGAUGAAAAGGUUCACUCAAGGAUGGAAUUCUUUUCUAUACUACAGCCUCAGCGUUUGAAUAGUGAUGGUUUGUAUCAUUGUCUGUUAGAUGGAAUUCAGUCUCUUGGAAUAUCUGCUAGUGAUGCUCCAACUUGUAAAAAAUUAGUUGGAAUUGCUACUGAUGGAGCUGCAGCUAAUAUUGCUUCAGCAGGUCUUAAAGGUUUGGUCGAAGAAAAAAUCCCAUGGAUAUUUUGGAUGUGGUGUCUAGCACAUCGUUUGGAGCUAUCGAUUAAGGAUGCAUUGAAAGGUACUUGGUUUGAUGAUAUUGAUAACAUGCUGCUCCAACUUUACUAUCUUUACGAAAAAUCGCCAAAAAAAAGUAGAGAGUUAGAAGAAAUAGUUCGUGAUCUCAGAGAAUGUCUCGUAUUUGAUGAUGCUGGUGUUAAACCUAUAAGAGCAUGUGGGACUAGGUGGAUUUGUCACAAGUUAAGUGCCAUGAAAAGAGUCAUAUCUAAAUAUGGUGCUUUCAUUGGUCAUCUGUCAUCUCUCUCUGAAGAUCGUUCAAUUAGAUCAACUGAUCGUGCUAAGUUAAAGGGAUUUUACAAUCGUUGGACAGAAGCCAAGUACAUAUUGGGAUGUGCUGUGUUUGUAGAUCUCCUAUCACCCUGUGCUACUUUUUCUAAAUGCAUGCAGAAUGAUGAUCUUGAUAUUUUGGGAGCUUUGACAUCACUUGUUAGAACAGUAAAGGAGACUGAUCAAUUAAGUAAACGACAAAUUGAACAUUGGCCUACAUAUAAUCUCAUAACAAGCAAAAUUACUGAGGAAGAAGGGGAACAUGUCUACCAGCUACAGAGAUUAAAGAGAUUUAGUGAAGCCAAGACAUACUAUGAUAGUCACUCAUCUGAUUACUGCACAGCCGUUACUUCAUGUAUCAAACACAGAUUAGAAUGGUCUAAUUUGGAUUUAAUGAAAGAUAUUAUCUUUAUGUUAUCUACUUGUGGCUGGCAAAAGAUAGUAAGCGAUCUUGAAGAUUUCAACAACAAAGGUGGUACCAAUCCUUUGUCUCCUAUUACCCAUUUAGUGGAACAUUUUGAAGUACCAUUACAAGGAGCUGAUGCCCAAACAAGUGAAAUCUUAUCUGAAUUUGAGUCUAUGUUAGUGUAUGCAAACCAAUUUAUCUCUCUCUCUACUAUGAUUUAUCAGUGUGUUUGGUGGCGUCUUUUUAAUGCACCUACAGCAUCUGAAUGGUCAAAUGUUUUACUACUAGCAGAGCUCUUGUUUUCUCUCCCUUCUUCUAAUGGAAAGUUGGAGCGGUUAUUUUCAACGUUCAACGUCAUCAAAGGUACAAGAAGGUCAUCACUUAGUAACAACACAGUCAAAGAUCUUAUUACUAUUAACUCUGAUUGCUUACCUUUGCACAGUUUCAAUGCAGAUAGAAGUGUAGAACUCUGGUGGAAGGCAAAAACAAGACGAGUAGAUCAGCAGCCACGUAAACCAUAUAGGAAGCGUUGUGGUACGAAAGAUCAAACAUGCUCAUCAUCAUCAGUAUUAACAGGUGAGGAAGAGUCUGAGUCAGAAGCUGAUGAAAGCACUUUAUUAGAAGAUUGGGAUAAUUGGCUUAAUGAUGAUUCUCCAACUGAUAUUUGA